GAGGAUAAUGACGGGGAGCAAUGACUCAAAAGGGCUUCUGAUUACCGAGAAUGGUCUAUCUGGCAUGUCUGCAAUGAGUGACAUGUUGCGCUUUUCCUAAAUGUUCUCGUCCCCUAGAGACUGGCCAAUAUGUUGAGCCGAUUCGUGAGCGGCAGUGAUCGGAGUCUUGACAGGGAAUUCAACUGUACAGUCCGACUGCUGGACGACUCGGAAUACACUUGCACGGUUCAGAGGGAUGCAAAGGGUCAGUGGCUGUUUGGGCAGGUCUGUCAGCAUCUAAACCUGCUGGAGAAAGACUACUUUGGCAUCAGAUUUGUGGACCCAGAAAAGCAACGGCAUUGGCUGGAGUUCAGCAAGCCAAUUACCAAACAAAUGAGAUCUCAGCCACCAUACACCAUGUGUUUGCGUGUAAAGUUCUAUCCUCCGGACCCUGCAGCUCUUAAAGAAGAGAUCACUAGAUACUUGGUCUUCCUACAGAUUAAAAGAGAUUUGUAUCAUGGCCGACUUCUGUGUAAAAGUUUGGAUGCUGCCACAUUGGCGGCAUAUAUUCUGCAGGCUGAGAUUGGAGACUAUGACCCAGGAAAGCAUCCAGAAGGUUACAGUUCUAAGUUUCAGUUUUUUCCCAAGCAUUCUGAGCGCCUGGAACGCCGCAUUGCUGAAAUCCACAAAACGGAGCUGAUAGGCCAGAGUCCUGACUCAUCCGAGUUGAAUUUCUUAAGGAAAGCUCAGACUCUAGAAACAUACGGAGUAGAUCCACACCCCUGCAAGGAUGUGUCUGGCAAUGCAGCAUUUCUAGCUUUUACCCCGUUUGGCUUUGUGGUUCUGCAGGGGAACAGGAGGAUUCAUUUCCUCAAAUGGAACGAGGUGACCAAACUGAAGUUUGAAGGAAAGACAUUUCAUAUAUAUGCAACUCAUCAAGAGGAUCAGAAGAUCAUCUUGACCUAUUUUGCUCCAACGCCAGAGGCUUGCAAGCACCUGUGGAAGUGUGGGGUGGAAAACCAGGCUUUCUACCAGUUUGAGAAAUCAAGUCAAGUUCGCACUGUUUCUAGUAGUAAUCUCUUUUUCAAAGGGAGCCGUUUUAGAUAUAGUGGUAAAGUGGCAAAGGAGGUGAUGGAGCUGAGUGCCAAAAUCCGAAGAGAGCCUCCAGAGAUCCACAGGGCUGGGAUGGUCCCCAGUAGGAGUUGUCCUUCAAUCACUCAUGGCCCACGACAGAGUAGUGUUCCCCGAACACGCAGGAGAGCAGUCCAUAUUUCCAUCAUGGAGGGUUUGGAGUCCUUGCGUGACAGUGGCCAUUCCACACCAGUGCGCUCUGUCUCCAAUGGCAACUCAUUCCUGCGCACCCAUGGAAAUUCAGCUGAAGGAGGAAAUGGGACGUCAGAAUUCUCAGAGGACUCCUACAGUCCCUCUGACAGCAUGCUUCCCACACCGGUGUUCAACGAGCACUCUUCAGACCAGGCUCAUGUUCGUCACACCAAUGGCCCCCGCAGCAUCCAAGAUGAUCGGGGAACAGAAUUAGGCACACUAGACCGGGCAAGGCUACUUGGUGUUAUGUCCAAAGGUAAACGUUUUCACCUGGAGAAGACUCGGCCGAUCCAACACAGCCCAGAGAAAGAGCAGGUAAAUGAGUUCAUCUGUAGCUUGGCACGUCUUUUCUUAGUGACCCUGGCUCUGCUCUUUGCUCUCCUUCUCCUCCUUAUAGCGUUAACAGAGUCUGAGCUAGACUUGGCCUUUCUUAGGGACAUCCGGAGGACACCCGAAUUCCAGCAGUUCCACUAUGAAUACUUCUGCCCCCUUAGGCACUGGCUGGCCUGCAAGUUGCGCUGGAUGGGUGGACAUCUCAUCAAUAAAUGAUAGUCUCAAGGGACAAGUAGUCUGUGAGUGGGACGUGUCAAGUAGUAAUGUCAUGGUACCAUGAAAUGAGAAAUUACUAUUAUCUAGAGUACAUUGCCAAAGCCGUGGACUCCCUAAUACCAUGCCAAGACAACUGUGUAUGUUUCAGCUCUAGUUUUUGUGCAAUUGUUCUCUGCAGAAUUGUAGUUGAGUAAAAAUAUGGUAUGUGUAGCUCUAUAAAUGCUGCUGUCACCCACUAUUCCUUUAUCUAUUAUUGAAAUAUAAUAAUAACUACACUCAAAGAAUGCUCCCCCAGACUGUGAAGAGUGACCUCAUACUGCAGUCAAAGACAAAGAUGCCUUCAUUGAUCAGAUUUGUUCAAAUACUGUAGAUAGAGGCCUAAAAGGUGCAUUAAUGGCAGAAUGAAGUUGAAAAUGGCUUGAGUUUUUUUUGGAUGAAGUACUUUGCAAGUGUAAAAUGUUACAGGGUGUACAUUUGAUCCAUACCACACCGGAAACAUGAAUGUGGGUGAAUGGUAUGGUUCAAAGCUAUUGAUAGAGUUAUCUCUUUUCAACAUUGCUCAUGAGGAUUCAUUUGUAUGAGACAGACUAUAAGAUACUGUUACCAUAUAUUUAAGACAUACUUAUUGGCCUUGACAUCUAGCUAUUCAACCCAAGUGAUAAAAAUUUAUAUAAUUCAUAUUUGUAGCUCAAACAAUGACCACUUAUAUUCAGUGAGAUGUCCUUCGUGGCCUUGAAGUUCAAAUGUUAUGAGAAUGGUGAAGAAAGUGUACUGAAUGGACAGUAUAAUGUGAAAUGUUUGAUAUAAUGUUAUCCAAUUAUCUAUAACCCAAUUUGUAUUGAUUUGUUCAAUUACUUUUAAGCUUGCAAAAAAGUUUUGGAGACCUCAUCCUUUCACUUACACAACCUAUAAUUUCAAAAUGUAAAAUCAAAAUUAUAUUUUAGCAAAUGCCUGUGUAGGUGAUGAAAAAAUGGUUGGUUAUAGAGUUGUGUGAUUUUGACAAGAUCCUAUCCAAAGGACUGAUAAAUGUGUUGUUGUUGUUUUUCUUUUUUGUUUUGUUUGUUUUUUUUUGUUUUUUGUUUUUUUUUUUCUUAAACCAAAUGACCCUAUAUUCAAUUUCUAUUACAUUUCUGUUGUCUUCAGGAAACAUGUAACAUGCACACCCUAUUAUAUUGCUAUUUGUGAAAGUAUGUGUGUUUUCCCAAGGAAGUUAGACUAGUGGGAAAAUAAUUUGAUUCAAAUUGCGAACUGAUGGUACAAAAAUCAUCUGUGGACAUAACUGUCAGACGUUAACAUCUGUGGACAUAACUGAACCAAAUCAGUGCAAAGCACCUGUCGGGCCACUCUGUAAUCGCCUUGUGGUGGGGAGGUACCCCUCGGUUGUUUUUGCCUUCCAUAGUUAGGCCACUGAACAAAAUGGACCUUUUUAUGUAUCUUUGGUUGGAAAGCUUCUGUUAAGAAAGUAAACUAAAACAUGAGUAUAGCUCAUUAGUAGCCUUAAAAUAUCAGGCCUGUAGCAACUGCAUACAGUAUGUCCUGAAAAGGUUUUAAUCAAAUUUGGGGAUUGAAUAAUCUAGAAUGGAAUAUAGUGUGUAAAUGUAAAGUUGUUAUGUACUGUUGUGUGUAGUAUGUCAUUCAUGAAGUUGAGCACAGUAUAACUAGCAACAAUACCAUUAAUGGCACGGGUGAAAACUUGCGUAAUUAUAUCCUGAUGUGUGUGUCUUUGUGGAGGUAAUUAUCAUGCGAACAAAAAAGAAUGAAGCAAUACAAAUUAUUUUGACAAGCCAGCAAAAUUAUUUUCUCAACCUAGAGCAACACGAUGGUUGAGAGCUACAUAAGAAAUUAAGUGAUCUAGGAAUUUGUUGAUUGUCUGUGAAGACUUAUAAAUCAGUGCUCCCAUAUACUGUGACUCUCUAAUCCUUUGUUUAGAAUCAGAGCAGUUUCUGAUGGUGACUGACACUGUUCCAGCCAUUUCAAAUGGUAACAUUCACUCAAAGCAAUAGUAGAUUGAAAUGAAUACAUGUUGCAGCUCAGAAGACAAUCUGAAAUUGUUCAUGUAUUACACUGUUAUACAAUGAUCACUCAGCUGUGCCUGAGCCCAAUAUUUGCUAUCGGAAUACUUCUGUAUAGCAUCAGAUUAUUACUUUUCUGUAAAUUUCAUGACUUUUAUUUUCAUUAUGUUUAAUACCAUAAUUUUUCUAAAUAAAUAAACCUUCU